ACACGUGUGCGGAAGGAUUUUGGAACCGUCGAGGAAUCCCAGGGCGACGAAUUGAUGGAUUAGGAGGUCACCUGCAUCAUGCUCAAAGCGGUGAUCCUGAUCGGAGGUCCCCAGAAGGGGACAAGAUUCCGCCCUUUGUCUUUCGAAGUGCCCAAACCACUUUUUCCUGUGGCGGGAGUCCCCAUGAUCCAGCAUCACAUAGAGGCCUGUGCCCAGGUUCCUGGGAUGCAGGAAAUUCUCCUCAUUGGUUUCUACCAACCCGAUGAAGCCCUGACACGUUUCUUGGAGGCUGCUCAACAGGAGUUCAACCUUCCUAUCAGGUACCUGCAGGAAUUUGCCCCCCUGGGUACAGGGGGUGGUCUCUAUCAUUUCCGAGACCAGAUCCUGGCAGGGGGUCCUGAAGCCUUCUUCGUUCUUAAUGCUGAUGUCUGCUCAGACUUCCCACUGGGCGCUAUGCUAGAAGCCCACAGACGCCAGCCCCGUCCUUUCUUACUCCUUGGCACCACGGCAAACCGGACUCAGUCCCUCAACUAUGGCUGCAUUGUGGAGAAUCCAGAAACGCACGAGGUUUUGCACUAUGUGGAGAAACCAAGCACAUUUGUGAGUGACAUCAUCAACUGUGGCAUUUAUCUCUUCUCCCCCGAAGCCUUGAAGCCCCUUCGUGAUGUCUUUCAGCGAAACCAGCAGGACCAGCAACUGGAUGGCUCUUCAGGCAGUUGGCCUGGGGCAGGGACCAUUCGGCUGGAGCAGGAUGUAUUCACAGCACUCUCUGGACAGGGCCAGAUCUAUGUCCACCUCACUGAUGGUAUCUGGAGUCAAAUCAAGUCUGCAGGUUCUGCUCUUUAUGCCUCUCGUCUCUAUCUGAACCGAUACCAGCUCACUCACCCUGAGCGGCUGGCCCAGCUCAUUCCUGGAGGCCCCUGCAUCCGAGGAAAUGUUUUCAUCCACCCGACGGCUAAGGUGGCCUCAUCUGCAGUGCUUGGUCCUAAUGUCUCCAUUGGGGAAGGUGUGACUAUAGGGGAGGGAGUUCGGCUCCGAGAGUCCAUCGUCCUCCAUGGAGCGACUCUGCAGGAGCACACGUGUGUGCUGCACAGUAUUGUAGGUUGGGGGAGCAUAGUAGGACGAUGGGCCCGAGUAGAGGGUACUCCCAAUGAUCCUAACCCCAACGAUCCUUGGGCUCGAAUGGACAGUGAGAGCCUUUUCCGGGAUGGGAAGCUACUGCCAGCCAUCACCAUCCUGGGUUGCCGGGUUAGAAUUCCUGCUGAGGUGCUGAUCCUGAAUUCUAUUGUGUUGCCACACAAGGAGCUGAGCCGAAGCUUCACCAACCAGAUCAUCCUCUGAAAUGGGGGACUUGAGGAAGGAUGCCCCCCCACUUCCUCCGUGAGCAUUGCUGCUCAGGCCGACUCCUGCCUCUGGAGAGAAAGGGAUGGAGUCAGUUGAGCUGAACCUUCAACUGACUGGUACUCUGGGGUUGUGGGAGAUAUGUGGGUGGCCAGGGCACUCCUCCCUUUUUACCUCCCAAUAAACCCUGAUGAACUUGGA